CAACUCAUCUCUGUUUUGUACACCGGUGGGAUAAAUGUGAAUCUAUAAGUACUGAAAAUGACGAACGAGUUAACCGAAAAUAUUUUAGAGUAUAUCGAUAAGAAUGGCAGUGCUAAUACUCUAGAUUUAGCAGUCAUUCUUAAACAAGACCAUCAGAAAGUUGUAGGUGCUGUAAAAAGUUUGCAGUCAGUUCCAGAUCUUAUCAAUGUUGAGCAAGUAACGGACAAAAAAUGGGAACUUUUACCAGAAGGUCAACAUGUUGCAACUUAUGGAAGUCACGAAGCAGUGAUUUACAAUGCUGUUCCUGAUGAUGGGAUACCAUUGGAUGAAAUUAAGUCAUCGAUAAAAUAUGCAAAUAUAGGAAUUUCUAAGGCACUGGCGGCUGGUUGGAUUGUGAUUCAUGUCGUGGAAGAUAAAUCUAUCGUUAGAAAAAAAGUAUCUUCCAUCUCGGAUACUGUUCAAAAUCAUUUAAAAGAUGUAUCAAACAUCCCAGAUACAGUUAAAGCAGAUUACAAAAAACGAAAAUUACUUCACCAAAUAACUAUAAAAAGUUUGAAUUUAAGCAAAGGCGAAAACUUUGCAAUAAAACUUGAGAAACAAGAAGCUGACUUAACAACAGAUUUACUAGUAAAUAAUGCUUGGCGUGAAAAGAAAUUUAAACCAUAUAAUUUCAAUGCUCUUGGUGCCAUGCUGGACAUCGGGCACCUUCAUCCAUUACUUAAAGUCCGGGCGGAAUUUAGAAAAAUAUUUUUUGAAAUGGGAUUUUUAGAGAUGCCAACAAAUAAUUUUGUUGAAAGUUCUUUUUGGAACUUUGAUGCUCUUUUCCAACCUCAACAACAUCCUGCUCGAGACGCUCAUGAUACCUUCUUUGUAUCAGAGCCAAGAAUUAGUACCAAAUUUCCAGAAGAAUAUCUGAAAAGAGUUAAAAAGGUACAUAGCAAAGGUGGGUAUGGAUCUCAAGGUUAUCAGUAUGAUUGGAAAAUUGAAGAAGCCCAGAAAAAUCUGUUACGUACUCAUACAACUGCUGUCAGUGCUAGGAUGUUGUAUAAGUUGAUACAAGAGGGUGAAUUUAAACCUGUACGAUAUUUCAGUAUCGAUCGUGUAUUUAGAAAUGAAACAUUAGAUGCUACACAUCUUGCUGAAUUCCACCAAGUGGAAGGUGUAGUUGCAGACUACAAUCUAACAUUAGGUGAUUUGAUUGGCACCUUGUACGAAUUCUUUAAGAAACUCGGUAUCACACAACUGGAUUUUAAACCCGCCUAUAAUCCGUACACUGAGCCCAGUAUGGAAAUUUUCUGUUAUCACAAUGGUUUAAACAAAUGGAUUGAAAUUGGAAACAGUGGCAUGUUUAGGCCAGAAAUGCUUCUGCCAAUGGGUAUUCCUGAAAACGUCCGUGUCAUUGCAUGGGGUUUAUCUCUAGAAAGACCCACAAUGAUCAAAUAUGGCAUUAACAAUAUAAGAGAUUUGGUUGGACCUAAAGUAGAUUUGCAGAUGGUGCAUGAUAAUCCAAUAUGUCGACUGGAAAAAACUGGACCAAGGACUGCACCACUAAAAAAGAAGACAGAAGUGCUUGAUCGACACAUGAAUGUUACAUCCUCAAACCUAGUGAAUGCGGGAAAUGAUCUUGAUGACAAUACUAAAGAGAGAUGUACCAAAUUGAGUUAUGUUCAGAUUGACCAACUUAUCAUAUUUUGUAAUCCAAAACGUCCGUUAUAUUCUUUAGAGACGUUGCUUCAAUUGGCUAAGAAAGAAUUCACAGUAUCUGUCUCAAUUCAUGUCCAUUCCUCGGUGGAAGAAUAUCCUUUACAGCUAUCUGAAUUUUGCUCUAAUUUUCAGACAUCUCAAGUAAAUGUUGAAAUCCCUAUAGUUUUAAUUUGGAGAGCAGAUAUUAUCGAUCCUGUAAUGCAAUGUUCAGAUUUGCAAAUUUUUGGAGAAGUUAAUAUAGCACGAUAUUUGAACCGCAUAAUAGAGUUGAAAAAUCACAAUUUAUUAAGAUAUGAGAGCUGUGGUCCCAUUUAUGCUGCCCAAAUUGACUCGACUUUAGAGAAAAUACACAAAAUAUUGCAUGGUGUUACUAAAGACACGUUACGUUGUAUAAGUAGUAAAUCAAAAUCUAAAUAUGUGUUACGUGAUAACAUUUCUGUAGUCGAUAUUGUACUCAAUUCUGUGCAAAAAUAUAUUGAUAAACUGUGAAUAUUGUAAAAUAAAGAUGAAUCUUACAUGUA